UAACUCCGUUACUAAUAAUAGUGAUGGAUUGGACCCAGUCAGGUCAGCACCAGAACAAAGACUCGUCGAAAACAUUUUUCCUCUUUCCUCUAUUAUUUUUUGUCCUAUUUUUAUUUCUCUUUCUACAUUUUUUUCCCUGGACGAGACUAAAAAUUCUAUGAACUUUGCGCGUAACAGGGGAAGGUUGGUGGGAACGCUCUUACCCAACCCCACCUUUUUCUGAAAUGGCUAUCAUAUUUAGCUCCAUCAUCCCUCAUUUCUAGCCACACCACAGCUCUUGUAUCAUCACAGCAAACCUUACAGGCCUUGAAAACACCACACCAACUUUUCUCUUCAUCAUCUUCUUCUUCUUCUUCUUCUUCUUCUUCAUCCUUUCCUCUUCCCUCCUUUCCUCACAUGGGUGAGGAAGAAAGAGGCCAGAGGAAAUUCUAAUUAUUUUUUUGUUUUAUUUUAUUUUAUUUUUUUCAUUUCUUAAUUUGUUUUCUAUUUUCUGUCUCUCUUAAGUUAAAUCAAAAGAAGAAGAAGAAGAAGAUAUGGGUACUGAGAUUUUGAGGCCUCAGGAUUGUUUAUUUGAACGGAUCAGAGUUUCUCCUUGUCGCCGGCGGAAUUUUAACGGCAACUCUUAUACUAAUCCUAAGUAUUAUGACUCUUACUCUAGAUUUAACAGAAAACCAGCCGUCCGGUCUGAAAGGACCGACCAGAGAAAGCGCCAGCCCGAGCCUCCCUCGAUCUCUAAGAGGUCGAAUUCUGUUGAUGAUUUGAAGAUCUCGAGAAACCAAUACCAUGGCUACAAGGCCAACAACAGCAAUCUUCUUACGAACAAGGUUACGAUUUUGCGACGAGGAGAGUCGUUCGAUUCUAAGAUCCAGAACAGUGAAACGGCGGCGGCGUCGAAGAAGGAUCAGUAUCAGGCCGGUUAUAUGGUGGUCACCGGUAUGGAUCGGUUGGGCCCCGACCCAAAAAUGGUAGCAAAGCAGAUCCGAAACGUUGACCUCGGGUCUCCGGUGACCAGGAAGUGCGAUGUGUACGCUGGCUCAGCUUUUGCAGUAUCUCCAGCACCGAGCUCGCUCCCAUUGCCUUCUUUCUCAAAGAAAAAGCAAGUCUCUUUUGAUGACUCAGCUACCAGAGACCUUCGGCGGUUACUUCGACUCGACGUAUGAGAUCCGACUAUAAAACGUAUUCGGAUCCGGAUGGAUAAGCUAUCAAAUAUCAAUCUCUCCACCUCGUGUCAAUUUCGUCUCUGCUCUGGUUUUCGAAGAUCGUAUCCUCCUGUGAAUUUUUUUGUUAAACGGGAGGUAGAUCUUAAAACCGGGAAAAAGUAUAGGGAUGAAUUAGUAAAAAAAGUAUUAUGGGGUUGUUGUGUAUUGGAUUACAUGGGUAAUUUAGAUAGUAAUCUGGGGCAAAAAAGAAAAAGAUGGGGUUGGUUGUAGAGUAUGGUCCUGUAAAUUGUGAAUGAAUGAAGAUGAUGAAUAUGUAGAGAAUGUGAUGAAUUGUGAAACUGUGGGGACGUUUAUUGUUGUGUAUUAUAUGAAGUAAGAUGAAAAUUAGUGGAGAUUUAAUCAUA